AUGCCAGCUGUUUGGGACUUAUAUGCUAUUAAAGCCAUUCUUCUACUUGAUAAUGAGGGAAAAAGAAUAGUCGCCAAGUACUAUGACAAUUCUUUUCCAACGACCAAGGCACAACUGGAUUUUGAAAAGAAACUCUUUGCCAAGACUAACAAAAGCCCAUAUGCUGAAAUCACUUUGUUUGAAGGAACUACAUGUGUUCACCGUACCACUUCAGACAUAUACUUUUACGUUAUCGGUGACGUUAAUGAAAAUGAGCUAAUGCUUAUGAAUGCACUUUCUUGCCUCCAUGACGCCAUCACGCAAAUUCUUCGGAAUAAUCUUGAAAAGAGGUCACUUCUUGACAAUUUGGAACUUAUUUACCUGUCUAUUGAUGAGCUUUGCGAUGGAGGAAUUAUUAUGGAGUGCGAUUCAUCUGCACUGGCAUCUCGUGUUGGAGUAAAACCAGAUGAGAAUACUUUGACUGAGAAGACUGUUCAAGAGGCUAUGCAGGCAGCUCGGGAACAAAUUAAAAUGGCUCUUCUUCGAUAA